AUGAGGCCUGUUUCGACUCUUCCCCCGAUCGUUCGGAUCGCCAAUGGCACAUUCUAUCGCCAUCAUCCAAAUGCUGCAUCAUCACGUCCAAAUCCUCCUCUCUUCAGCGACCUGAGUUUCGAGCUGGCUUCAGCAUCAAAUUCACCUCGAAAUUGGUGCAUCGUAGGCCCGUCUCUUUCAGGGAAAACCACCUUUCUGCAAGCGUUGAAGGGGAGGUUUCUCUGCGAACCGCCUGUUGCAAGAUCGUACCCUUACCUUUCUACCGAUGAAGUUCCUAAGCGACUACGUACGCCGCAGAAGGCUAUUCAGUAUGUCGGGUUUGAUGCUGAACAGGCUGGGGGAGGUUUAGGUGGUGGUGUUGCUACGAGUGCAUAUCUCUCCGCACGCUAUGAGUCGCGACGUGAGAUUACGGACUUUUCACUACGAGACUUUCUACUGGGUAACACGGAAUUAAACCCUGCGAAGAUGGAAGCGGGCGAUGAUGAGGCUACCAUUUCACCAGAUCUACUUUCUCGGGUGGUUAAAGAUCUGAAGCUUGAGCCUCUGCUCGAUCUUCCUGUCUCAUUUCUUAGUAACGGACAAGGUCGGAGGGCUCGUAUCGCGCGUGCUCUUCUGACCAAGCCAGAGGUAUUAUUGCUCGAUGAGCCGUUCAUGGGACUUGAUCCACCUACAGUCUCAGGUCUGAGUCCAUUACUACACUCUCUCGCCGAGAAAGCAAGUCCUCGUCUUGUUCUCAGUGCGCGACCACAAGAUCCUAUACCAGAUUGGAUCACUCAUCUGGUAUAUUUAAGAACAGAUUGCCAGGUGGGCUCUAUGGGCCCCAAGGAAGAGGUCCUUGAUGGACUCAAUAUGUAUGUUCGUGGAGUUCGAAAAGGUGGGCUUACUGAAGACAAGAAGCUACCACUACAUUCACUUGUAGACAUUGGUCGUGUGUUGCCUUCAGCAGCCUCUCUGGAAGGUUCAGGCCAUCUGGAGCAUGCAUCAUAUAAGACCCUUGAGCCAGUAAACGCCAAAGCUGAACCACUCGUUGAGAUGGAUGGCUGCAAAGUCCAAUAUCGUGGAAAGGUUGCGCUGGGUAACUGGUCGCAACAGACCACUGAUGGUUCCAAAGAUGGCUUGAUAUGGACUGUUCGACGUGGUGAGCGCUGGGGUGUCUUUGGUCCCAAUGGCUCAGGAAAAACGACCAUAGUUUCGUUACUCUGCUCAGACCAUCCUCAGUCCUACUCCCUUCCCAUCAGACUAUUCGGGCGAUCACGUCUUCCGGAGCCUGGUUCAAAAGAGCGACCACUCACGUUCUGGGAUAUCCAAUCUCGAAUUGGACAUUCUAGCCCCGAAGUCCAUCAGCAUAUGCCUCGAAACUUGACAGUUCGCCAAGUUAUAGAGAAUGCUUGGUCAGAGACAUUCCGCGCAAAGCCAAAGUUGGACGAGGUUGCCAAGGAGAAGGUUGAGGCCGCUCUUCGCUGGUUUGCACCUGAGCUGCACCCCAGCUACUCUUCAUCAUCACAUGAGGACCUUGCGUGGGCAGAUGACUACAUGUUUGGCGGUUUAUCUUUCAGUGCACAGCGCGUUUCUCUUUUCAUCCGAUCCAUGAUCAAGAGCCCCGAUGUAGUGGUUCUUGACGAGGCCUUUAGUGGUAUGGACGAUGCGGUACGAGACAAAUGCACGCUGUUUCUCGAACAAGGCGAGGCCAAGACGUACCAAGGUGAAGAGAUCGUUGAGAGUGACGCCUCCAAGUCUGGCCAUGUCAAGAUUCCAGGUCUUUCUGAUCAACAAGCGCUCAUCUGCAUUGCACAUGUUAAAGAGGAGGUGCCGGACUGCGUGAGGGAGUGGCUGUGUCUUCCUGAAGCCAACACGGGAAGGGCAGCGAGAUUUGGGAGGUUGGACGGUCCAUUGAGGACUGAUGAGAAUAGGUGGCAUGAAGUUUGGGGCUUUUAG